UUGGUCAAUGCAAAAAUACUUCUAAUUCACUGAAGUCAACUGACGCCGACUUUAUUUGGGAAAUGGAAAAAGUGGUUUGCAAAAGUCACGGAGCCGUGUGCAUGCUGAAAACGGGUGUCAGAGAAGGACCGAACAAAGGCAAAAGCUUCUAUGUGUGCGUGGACAAGCAGGGCUGUGACUUCAGUCAGGCGGUCAGCCUGCCUCCAUCCCACUGCCUCCAACAUGAAGAGUCCACCGUGGAGCUGCAGGCCCUGACCUACAGCCAGCAGCAGCAGAACUACAGAUUGUUCUACCGCUGUGUUGUGAGUAAAAAAGCUGGACAGAAAUGGUGUGGAAAUGUGCCAUGGACCGCUCCCAGCAAAGAGAAAAGAAGUCCUCUAGCAGAGAGCCAGCAGCAGCCCUCUUGUAUGCCCCCUGUGCGCAACCCCUUUAAAGCCCCAGCCAAAACAGACUGCAACUCUGAGUCGAGAAAGAUCCAGAGCAGUGCUGAGGGAAGCCACCUCAAGACUGUGCUUUCAGAGGCCAAGGAGAACGGAGAGCUGGGGCCAUCCAACACAUCCCAGCAGAGAGUGUUGCCAGCAGGCAUGAAGCUAAAGAAAUGUACCCUCAAAGAGGAUUCCAACAAAAAACAGGCAGAACAGACCAGAGCCACAGCUAAGGAGCAGACCCAGGACCAGACCAGAUCCACACCUACAGAACAGACCCUAGAUGGGCAGGGAGAGCCAGCUUCAGAUUCAGGCCCUGCAGACAAAGGGAGCGGCCCAUUUGUCUCCACGGAGCAGGAGCAGGACAAGGAGGAGGAUGACGACGAGGUGGUCCUGUUAUGUGUGCAGCCUCCUGCUCCCAAAGCCCCUGCUUACUCUGCUGUUCAGAAGACCCUCACCACUUUCCCAGGCUUCCAGAGGGCCUCCAAGCUACAGCCUACACAAGAUCACCCCCACGGCCUCAGGAACAUGCUCUCUUCUCAGCUCCAGCAGAAGAAGGCCACUCUGGGUGCAGUUAACCUGGAUGCCCUCCCAGAUAAGGGUGCCCGCUUAAAGACCCAGGUGAAGGAGCUGGAGGAUGCUCUGGAUGCACUCAGCCUGUCAACCUCCUCUCAGACAGGUGCUGAGACUGGCCCCUCCUGCAGGGCCCCUAUCACAGCCAAAGCUCCAGUGAACCCCUUCAGUCGUCCUGGAGGAACGGUGCUCCUGCCUGCUCCGCCUGGUACCUCACAGGGCCCUCAGACCUCUGGGAGCUCCGUGGGCCUGCAGCUGUCACAGAACUCUGCACACAUGCUUGGAGACCCGCCCCCAGCCCAUGUGUUUUAUGGGGGGCGGAUGACUGAGGACCGGCUGCUGGCGGUGAAGAAUGCCACAUGUAAGGCCAUCGACCAUCUGCACAAGUCUCUGGAAUCCUGUCCAGGGGCCGACACCGAGGCCCCAGACCCAAAAGGCAUCAAGGUGCACAGCCACUUCAGUAUUGUCAUAAGGCUUGUAUCACACAAUGGACUUUGUGUUCUCUCUUGUAUAUCUCUUGCAUUAGUACUUCUUGUAGUUAAAUCGGAGUAUGCCGCAUUUGGUUUGGAGAAAUACAGAUUUAUUUAUUUUUCUUAAGAUGGCAUAUCAGAUUUUCAAAGUCUGAUGAGAGAAAGUUAGCCAGUCAGCUUUCAUUCCAAAGCAGCAUGUACUGACUGAAGCCACACACUACAGGAAAAUGUGCUGCCUUAGGUCUUAAUGUGCUUCUCCCUAAUUUCGGGGAGGCGUGACCCGACUUUGGAUCUUCGUGAGAGAUUUUUAAUCCACUGUGCUCCUGAUGUUUGAGGUGCUACUCUGAGCUCCUCUUAUAUCAUAACCACAAAACUCCACCAUGGCAAUAGUCAAUAAAAUAGAGCAUCAGGGGCAGACAGAGUAACAGACACAGAGGCACAAGAUACAAAUGCAGGACAUACCAGAAAAAAUUAUUAUUAUUCAGUAGAAUGUGUCCUCCACAAAUAAUGACAUCUAGUUUGAAGCACUGUUUAAAAAGUAAAAAAGUGAGAGUAGGUCCUCGUGUGUACGUCUGUACAGAGAGAAUCGAAGUGAAGCUGCUGCAGAUUAGCUAUAGUGUGGGCAAAGCAUUUAUCUGAACUAUUGCACCACAUUUUGCAAAUAAUAGUAACACAGUUUUUACUUGCAUCUAAAUUAG